AUGGCCGCCGCGGCGGGGCUGCUGUGCCGCGGGCCGCUCUUCCUGCGCCGUGGCACCUGGCGAAGCUUCACCUCGCAGACGGAUGGGGAGGCCCGAGUGACCCGGGUGCUGCGGGAGAAGUUCCCCCGGGCUUCCGCCAUCAGAGUUGUGGAUAUAUCAGGGGGCUGCGGCGCCAUGUACGAAAUUCACAUCGAGUCGGAGGACUUCAGAGAGAAGCGAACUGUGCAGCAGCACCAGAUGGUUAACCAGGCACUGAGCGAGGAGAUCAAGAGCAUGCACGGACUGCGCAUCUUCACCUCCACCCCCAAACCGUGACGCUUGGCCCCUCAAUAAAGAUGCGCCCGCAGGGCUCCGCGCUGAG